AUGAAGCGUGGAAAGUCUCGUUCCACUGAUGGAAAAGGUGAGAAUGAGCCAGCCAUCCUGGAAACAGAAGACUUGGACAGAAGGUUUAGCAAAAAACAAGAUCCUGACACAAUCUCACUGGCCUCUGUUACUGCUGUAACUACCAAUGUCUCUAACAAAAGAUCAAAGCCUGAUAUCAAGAUUGAACCUAGUUCUGGAAGGCCAUUGGAUUUCCAAAUUAGUGUUACUGUUAUAGAGGCCCGACAGCUGGCAGGGUGUAACAUAGAUCCAGUGGUCUGUGUGGAAAUUGGUGAUGAGAAGAAGUAUACAUCAAUGAAGGAAUCAACCAACUGUCCUUACUACAAUGAGUACUUUGUCUUUGAGUUCAAUCUCCCUAUUGACGUCAUGUUUGACAAGAUUCUGAAGCUAUCGGUAAUCCACUCCAAAAAUAUCCUGCGAAGUGGCACAUUGGUUGGAAUUUUCAAGAUGGAUGUAGGAACACUUUAUGCUCAACCUGACCAUCAGUUUUACCACAAGUGGGCUACCCUCUGCGAUCCUGAUGACAUCACUGGAGGGAAUAAAGGCUACCUCAAGUGUGACAUUGCAAUAGUGGGAAAGGGCGACACUAUCAAAGCUCAACUUAAAGACGUCGAAUCCAAAGAGGAUGAAGACAUUGAGGGAAAUCUUAUGCUACCAGAGGGUAUCCCUGAUGAACGACUGUGGGCACGAUACUAUUUGAAAAUCUACAGAGCAGAAGGAUUACCUAAGAUGAACACCAGUAUUAUGGCCAAUGUGAAGAAGGCUUUCAUUGGAGAAAAUAAAGACCUUGUGGAUCCAUAUAUACAGGUGCUAUUUGCUGGUCAAAAGGGCAAAACCUCAGUGCAGAAGAGCACUUAUGAACCAAUCUGGAAUGAGCAGAUAAUUUUCACUGAACAGUUUCCACCACUGUGCAGGCGUAUGAAGGUCCAGCUUCGUGACUCAGAUAAAGUAAAUGAUGUGGCACUUGGAACACAUUUCAUAGACCUGCAAAAGAUCUCUAAUGAUGGAGACAGGGGCUUUUUCCCAACUCUCGGCCCGGCCUGGGUGAACAUGUAUGGGUCGCUACGGAACUACACCCUGAUGGACGAGUAUCAGGAUCUGAACGAUGGCGUGGGAGAGGGGGUCUCAUUCCGUGCCCGCCUGUUGAUUAGUCUGGCUGUGGAGAUGAUAGAAAUGUCCAGUGAAGAAGUUGUGAUAAACUCUGAGGUGAAGGUGGAGGGGGUGCCCAACAUUGCUGAUAAUGCCACUGGGAAGAUAGAGGAGUUUUUUCUAUUUGGAGCAUUUCUUGAAGCAACCAUGAUUGACAGAAAGAUUGGUGACAAGCCCAUAAACUUUGAAGUCACAAUAGGAAAUUAUGGAAGUGAGGAUGAAGCCCCAAUCAAAUCACAACAAACACGGAAGAAAGGAGGCAAUUCAGAAGAUUCUGAGCUCAUCCAAGCCGGCAGUGAUGAUGAACUGGAUUAUAGUGAAGAUCUAAUGUCAGUGUCUUCUACCCCAGUAAUGAAACCAUUCAUCACUGACAGGAAUUACUUCCACCUCCCAUAUUUUGAAAAUAAGCCCUGCAUCUAUCUCAAGAGCUGCUGGCAAGACCAGAGAAGAAGACUAUACAAUGUUAACAUAAUAGAAAAUAUUGCAGAAAAAAUGGAAGACGGGCUGAACGACGUUCAGGAGAUCAUAAAAACUGAGAAAGCUUUUCCGGAGCGUCGCCUCCGCGGAGUUCUAGAGGAACUAAGCAGUGGCUGCAGUAAUUUUCUAAAUCUGGCAAACAAGGACCAAAACCUGGCAGGGGUAACUAAGCUGGAUCGAGAAAGGCUGAAACUCUUAAUGUGGGAGAUGGAAAACAUGAGCCAACAAGCGAAAUCAAUGCGAACUCAAGUGAAAAAAAAAACAGUAAAGGAUAAAGUGAAAGAGGCACAUGACUUCCUCCAGAAGCUGAGAUUCUUGGCUGAUGAGCCUCAGCACAGCAUUCCACAUAUUUUCAUAUGGAUGAUCAGCAAUGGAAAACGCAUUGCAUAUGCAAAAGUGCCAUCCCAAGACAUCCUUUUCUCUGAUACACCUGAAGAGUGUGGAAAAGACUGUGCAAAAGUCAAGACAAUUUUUUUCAAGCUUCCUGGCAAAAAGAGUUUUGGGCCAGCAGGCUGGACAGUGCAAGGGAAGACAGAAGUGUAUCUCUGGCUGGGCUUGAACAAGCAGCGCAAGGACUUCUUGAGUGGGCUACCAAAUGGAUUUGAGGAGAAGAAGAGUGGCAAGGGGCCUGGCGCGCCACCAAUCAGCCUCACCUACAUGAUGAAGCAGGUCUUCCAGCUGAGAGUGCACAUUUACCAGGCAAGAAGUCUGUUUGCAGCUGAUUUCUCAGGCCUGUCAGACCCUUUUGCCAGAAUCUUCUUCUCUUGUCACAGCCAGGUGACAGAGAUUAUAAGCGAAACCCUCUGCCCAACAUGGGAUCAGCUUCUAGUCUUUGACAAUGUCGAGCUAUAUGGUGAGGCCAGUGAACUGAGGGAUGACCCUCCCAUUAUUGUCAUUGAGCUCUAUGACCAGGAUGCAGUGGGCAAAGCUGACUUUAUGGGCAGAACAUUUGCAAAGCCAGUAACUAAAAUGUUUGAUGAGCAUUAUGGGCCACCACGCUUCCCUCCUCAGCUGGAGUACUACCAGAUCUUCCGUGGGAACUGCACUGCUGGUGAACUGCUAGCUGCUUUUGAACUGCUGCAGAUUGGUCCAGGUGGUAAGGCCGACCUGCCUCCCAUAGAUGGACCUACAGAUAUGGACCGUGGUCCAAUCCUCCCAGUUCCGAUUGGUAUUAGACCAGUACUUAGCAGAUAUCGCAUUGAGGUUUUGUUCUGGGGCCUAAGAGACCUGAAGCGAGUAAACCUCUCCCAAGUUGAUAGACCACGUGUGGACAUCGAAUGUGCUGGGAAGGGGAUACAGUCAUCUGUCAUUCAGAACUUCAGGAAAAAUCCAAACUUUGCCACUCUUGUCAAGUGGUUUGAAGUGGACCUACCAGAGAAUGAGUUUUUCCAUCCUCCUCUUAACAUUCGAGUGGUGGACUGCAGAGCUUUUGGUCGCUUUGCUAUGGUUGGCUCCCACGCAGUCACAUCAUUGCGCAAGUUUAUUUACAGACCUCCAGACAAGACUGUCAACAACUGGUCUGCUAUGGAAGAAAUUGUGAUCCACACAGGGGACCCUGUUGUGAAGAAGAUGGAGACAGUGGUCAAACUUGACUCGGCAUCUGAUGCUGUUGUUAAGGUUGAUAUGGAUGAUGACAAUGAAAAAGGGAAGAAGAAGCAAAACAAUGAUGAGGAUGCUGAAGAAGAAACUCUGGAUCAGACCAUGCUGGACUGGUGGUCCAAGUACUUUGCUUCCAUUGAAACACUCAAGGAGAGUUUAAAAAAGCAAGAGGGGCAAAAAGCAGACGAGGAACAAAUAGACUUGGACUCAGAUGGUAAUGAUAUCAGAAAAACAGAUGAUAAUAAUUACUAUAUGAAAGGUAACAAGAAGAAGAAGGGAAAAGCCAAGGACAAGAACAAAGCUCCACGAACGGACAGCGAGCCUGAGAAGAAAAAACAAAAAAUGGAUGAGCUGAAGGUGUACAACAAAGAGCUAGAGAAUGACUUUGAUAACUUUGAAGAUUGGCUCCAUAGUUUUAACCUUUAUCGAGGAAAGGCUGGUGACCAAGAAGAGCAAAAUGAAGCUGAUGAGGACAGAAUUGUUGGUAAAUUCAAAGGCUCUCUAUGUGUGUACAAACUGCCUUUGUUAGAUGAGAUGGGAAGAGACCUCAAUCAUGAUUCCACCAUGGGCAUGUUCCAGAAUAUUCCACCAAAUGAGCCAAUCAAUGUUUUAGUUCGGAUCUAUAUCAUAAGGGCUACGGACCUGCACCCUUCAGAUAUAAAUGGGAAAGCAGAUCCAUACAUUGCCAUUAAACUGGGAAAAACAGAGAUCAAAGACAAAGAAAACUACGUCUCCAAACAACUUAACCCUGUGUUUGGAAAAUCAAUUGACAUUGAAGCAACAUUCCCAGUGGACUCCACCCUUACCGUAUCCAUUUAUGACUGGGAUUUGGUUGGCAUUGAUGAACUGAUAGGGGAAACCAAAAUUGACCUGGAGAACCGCUUCUACAGCAAGCACAGGCCUACAUGUGGUAUCCCAUCAACCUAUUCAAUCUAUGGCUACAACGUAUGGAGGGACCCAAUGAAGCCAAAACAAAUCCUAGCAAAACUUUGCAAGGAUGGCAAAUUAGAUCCACCCCAGUAUGGCCCAGGAGGAAGAGUAAAGGUGGCAAAUAGAGUUUACACAGGACCCACUGAAAUUGAGGAUGAAAAUGGGCUCAAAAAGCCAACAGAGGAGCACCUUGCUUUAGCCGUGCUUAAUCAUUGGGAGGGCAUUCCAAAAGUGGGUUGCAAACUUGUCCCAGAGCAUGUCGAGACAAGGCCUUUAUGGAAUUGUCAGAGAUCUGCGAUUGAGCAGGGAAGAGUUGAGAUAUGGGUGGACAUGUUCCCAAAGAAUCAGCCAGCUCCUGGACCUCCUGUUGAUAUUUCACCAAGGAAACCAAAGAAGUUUGAGCUCAGGGUGAUCGUCUGGAACACAGAUGAAGUUAUUCUGGAGGAUGACGACAUAUUCACAGGAGAGAAGUCAAGUGAUAUUUUCGUGAGAGGAUGGCUUAAAGGACAACAAGAAGACAAGCAAGACACAGAUGUUCACUACCACUCCCUAACAGGAGAGGGAAACUUCAACUGGCGCUUCAUUUACCCCUUUGAAUACCUUAUAGCUGAAGAGAAAAUCGUCAUCUCAAAGAAGGAAACCAUGUUUUCCUGGGAUGAGACUGAAUACAAAAUCCCUGCCCGCCUGAAUCUACAAAUCUGGGACUGUGAUCAUUUCUCUGCAGAUGACUUCCUGGGUGCCAUUGAACUGGAACUGAACAAAUUUGUUCGCGGUGCAAAAACAGCAAAACUGUGCAGUAUCGACAUGAUUCUCAAAGAAAAUGAAAUGCCAAAGGUUAACAUCUUCAAAAUUAAAAGAAUCAAGGGCUGGUGGCCACUUGUAGCCAGGGGUGAAGAUGAUGAGAUAGAAAUCACGGGGAAAGUAGAGGCAGAGCUUCACCUCCUGACAGCUGAAGAGGCUGAGAAGAAUCCUGUUGGUGAAGGACGCAAUGACCCCGAGCCUCUGGAGAAACCUAACCGGCCUGACACAACCUUCCUGUGGUUCAUCAGCCCACUCAAAGCAGUGCGAUAUCUCAUCUGCAACACCUACAAGUGGCUGAUCAUCAAAAUUGUUGUGGUUUUGCUGAUAUUGGCAAUGCUGGCCUUGUUCAUUUACAGCAUGCCUGGGUACAUGGUAAAGAAGCUACUUGGGGCCUAA